GCAUCUUCUGACGGGGCGGGGAGGGAGAAGAGAGAGAGAGAAGCCUUAGCAAGUCAUGUGAACAAGCUGGCGUCACCUGACAAGAAGGAGGCAGUCUUUCCAGCUGCCCAGCCUUGGCUUCAUCAUGCUGUCUCGCUUGCUGAAGGAGCACCAGGCAAAGCAAAGCGAGAGAAAAGAACUGCAAGAUCGGCGACGCCGAGAGGCGAUCACUGCCGCUACUUGCUUAACAGAAGCCCUAGUAGACCACUUGAACGUAGGGGUGGCGCAGGCCUACGUGAACCAGAGAAAGCUUGACCACGAGGUGAAGACGUUGCAGAUCCAGGCUGCUCAGUUUGCCAAGCAAACAGGCCAGUGGAUCAGCAUGGUGGAGAACUUCAACCAAGCUCUGAAGGAGAUUGGUGACGUGGAAAACUGGGCGCGCAGCAUCGAGAUGGACAUGCGGACCAUUGCCACUGCCCUGGAGUACGUUCACAAAGGGCAGCUGCAGCCCUCCACCUCCUGAAGCGAGAGGGUCCUCCUUGGCCCUUUUGCCCCCUCUGCUGCUUGGAUCCCUGUCCUUACCAGCACAUGAGACGCAGCCUCUUUCAUGCCAUAGACGCCAGCUGGGGACCGGUAGAAUGGCACACUCCUCAUUUAAACUUCCGAGACCGCCUUUCUGCAGCAGCAAAUGACAUCUUUUCGCAUCCGCCAGAGGUGUUGCUGGGCUAUAAUUUCCAGCUUUGGGCUUUCCCCUGUGCUCCUGCUAAGCCAACAUGAAGGUAUCUGAACCAGACUGGCACAGGAUUUGGAGGGAAGAACACAGUGAUGGAAGACCAAGAGGUGAUGGAAACGUAAGAGGCCACGCCUCUUUGAGGCCAGUUUAUUUCGACCUGUAUUGUGAAAUCACAGAAUGGAAUAAACGCACAGCCGAAACAG